AGCAGCAGCAGCAGCAGCAGCAGUAGAGAGAAGAGAGCCGCCGGCCUGCUGGAGAGCUCGGGCCGCGAAAAGCUCUCGUCUGCGCGCGCGCGCGCAACACCAGCUGUACUGGAUGUGUGUACGUAUAGCGGACCAAAAAAGCUCGUGCGAAGGAAAAAGGUUUUUCUGAGAUCUUUUUUGUUACUACUGCUGAGUAUAAAUGUGGCACGCGAAAGUGAAUAAAUUAAAGUGAAGAAAAAUUAAGUAGCCGUCCAAAAGUUUAUAAUAAUAAUAAUAGUAACAGUGUGUAUCGAGUGCGUGCAGAUUCGAACGAGUAUACGUGAGAUAUCGAAGGGGGUAAGGGGCCGCCUGCGCGAUGACGUCGGUGGUGGUGGUGGACCCACCGUCGGGGUCAGCAGCAGCUGAAUCAACCAGCGAUACACCAGCACCAGAUUCGUCGACGACGAUGGAUCAAGCGGCAGCGACGACGAGCUCGGCGGCUCCGCAAGUGGCAACGCCACCGCAGCAGCAUCCGCCACCCUCGCCGCUGAGCGGCUGCUACCUGCUGGUCGUCCUGCCGGAGCCACAUUGCUCCCAACACCGGGAUUUAAUACUCAACCGGCUCGCCAAAGGCUUUCUCUCCUGGGACAAGGACAGCUGCCACGUGGACUUGGAGAAGGAAUUGCAGGCGCUGGUCGCGCAGGCCCCCGAGGGCGAGGAGGCGCGCAACGGCGAGCGCCUCAUACAGUACGCCACCGAGAAUCUCGUCACGGAGGUGCUCAUCUUUCCCCAAAGCAAUACGCUGCUGCAGUGCAUGCGCAAUCUCUUGGCCAGCUUCACCAAGCAUCGGCACAUCGUUCACGCGGGCUACACCUUCGGCGGCAACGGUUCCUGGAUACUGCAGGAUGGAACGUUCAGCCUCGCGGACUUUCUCGACGCGUUCAGCGAGCACGAGGUGCAGCGCGUGCUGCGCGCCUACGAGAACAGCGUCACCGUGGACAUACACUGCGCCGGGGUGGGCGACUGGUCGACGGCGCGCCUCGCCGAGGAGGCCUGCACCCGGGCCUGCCGCGUACGCGUCAAUCCGGACGACGUGCUCACGGCCGGCUGUCCGGCCAUACAGAGCUUCACCGCCUACCUGGGCCAGUAUCUCGUCGCGCAGACCCUCGACCAGCUGAUGGAGCCGUCGGACGUGGUGGGCAACAUACGUUUCAGCCAUCCGACCCUGUACGUCUUCCCGGGUGGCCAGGGCGACGCCGCCCUCUUCGGCAUCAACGGCUUCAACAUGCUCGUGGACGGCGGUUUCGCGCGCAAGGCCUGCUUCUGGGAUUUCGCGCGACACCUCGAUCGACUCGACGCCGUGCUGCUGACGCGCAUCAACAACAGCAACAUCGGCGGCAUGGCCAGCGUGCUGCAGAAGAAGAAGGAGAUGCAUGUCUAUCCGCAGAUAGGGCACUUUUUCUGCAACAUCGUGGAAAGAAAGAAUUCCAACUCUCCCGACGGCGACAAGGACAUCGACCCCCUGAUCCUGAAUCUGAUCGACAUCGGCCAGGAGAUGGCCGUGAAUCUGCGCCACAUAAACCUUCGUCCGCAUCUCUGUUACAGGGAUCCAGAACCAAUCAAUUUGUAUCACAAGGUCGGCCACGGCACCCUCGACAUGUACGUCCUCAGUCCGAGCAAGGACAGCCGCGAGGUGCGCGACUUCAUGGCCAAGUGGAACGCCUCGGACGCCAAACUGUUCGCCGGCUCGCACGGCACCCGCGGCGGCAAGUCCGGCGGCGGCGACUCCACCACGUCCAGCAUGAUAUUUCCUGUCCAGAAUCUCGUGUCGAUCUGCGCCCUGCUCGUCUGGCAGCCCGCCAGUCCCGAGGAGACCAUCACGCGGAUCCUGUUCCCGGGCAGCACGCCCCAGCACAAAAUCUUCGAGGGCUUCGGCCGCCUCAAGCAUCUGGAGUUCCUGAAGCAUCCGGUGUGCACGGCCAAGAGUCUGUCACCGUCCGCGUCGCUGGUGGCCCUCAAGGACAAGGCCGGCGCGGCGGCAACGUCGAUCGCGAUGAAGCCCAAAUUCAGUCUGUACGAGCGAGAAACGAAGCGCUUGGCCGAGUCCCGAAAGAGAGAGUUGAGCUCGAAGAGGGACGCGACCAUCGAGGAGACCGCGGCGAAAAUUACCGCGGCCGCUGCUACCAAGCCUGUCGCAGCGCCUAUCUCGGUGCUCAGAGCCGAAACCAAGACGAAAAAGAUCGUCGAGAAUAAGAAAAUCGAGUCCGAGGCCAAGGAGGGCAAGCUCGCCGAGAAAGAGUCGAGAGAAAUAAUCAAGAAGGAUGUUAAAAAAAUUGAAAAGUCUGACAAAAUUGAGGCGGAAACGAAAAAGACUGAUACCGUGAAAGCGGAUACAGAGAAGAUCACCGUCACAAAGGAAUCCAAAGUGCAAAAGAUAGAGACGAAGAAGAGAGAAAUCAAGGAGAUCACAAAAUCGACGGUCAAAACGACAAAAUCCGAGAGUAUCAUCAAAGCCAGUUCAAAACCCAUAGAAAAGAAGAUCAAAGUUUCUGGGGAGAAAAAAGAUGUUAUGAAGCCAUCUCCGACUACACCGAAAAAAUCGUUAAACGUACUAGCUUCCAAAGUCGAAGUCACGAGAACGGUUAUGAAAGCGAAGCCUAAAGCUGUUUCCAAAACCACAUCGUCGGUACCGGCGAAAAGUGCAAAAGAGGCCAACAAUCGCAAAGUCGUUGAACAAAAGAACAUAGAAUUAUCGACUGCUGCAAGCUCAACAGCGGCGACAGCUUCAAGCGCGGCCAAAUCGACAGUCAAAGCCAAAACGGUCGAACGGAAAGCCGUUGGUAUCCGAGGAAGAACCAUAAGUCCCAGCAAAAAGUUACCUCUCAGCCCGGCGAAGUCUACGAGAAGUACACCGUCGUCCGUUAAAUCGGAAAAGGAUGCGGUCAUUCGUAAAAUCAGAGGAGGCACGACCGAUUCCUCGGCUGUUUCUACUCCUUCGGGAAUUGACUCCGAAUCAGCUAUUAAAGUCGUCGAUAAAAAUCUAACUGAGAAAUCAGAAGAUAUGUCGCUCGAUUCCAUUGAAAGCAAAGUUUUGGCGGAUUUGAAAGAGGAACGCGAGGUCGUUGAAGAAAUUGAAGCUGUUUUGCAAAAAGCCGAACGAAUCGAAGUGGCUAAGAAAGAAGAGAGGUUCGGAGCCGAGGACGAAAUACUGGUUGAAACUGUGGAUAAGAAAGGCGAAGAAACGGAAGAUGACGUUACAGCUGAAAUGGAUGAUGCACCGAAAAAAUUGACUCGAAAAGAAAGCCAAGAGCUCACCGAAGAGGAGGAAUAUUUGAUCGUUGAAAAGGAAGAAAUAUACACCGAAGAUUCCAUGCAAAGCGGUGAUACAGAACAAAAACAUCAUUUGGAUGAAGUUGAAUCCGAAAAAGCUCAUAUGAAAAUAAGCGGUGAAAGCCACACAGCAGGAAAAGAAUUGCAACAGCACGAAGAAAAAGAAGCCGCGGAAGAAAAAUUGGAUGAGGUGCCGGAGAAACUCCUUGCUGCAGCCGGUACUCAUGAAGAGUUGCAAAAAUCAGAAGACUCGCCAUUACAGCAUAAGGAACAGCUUGAAGAAGAAAUGAAACAAAUAAUUGCUACAGCCACUGAAACAGUUCAACAGACUGAAGAAAAAGAUGAUUCUCCUAAAAAAGAAAGCGACGACGCAGCGAAAGAAGCAUCUAGUAGUCCUGACAAAUUAGAUUCUCCGCCAAAACCAGAAGGAGAUCAGAAAGACGUUCUCGUUGAUAAACUGGUCGAGUCUCAAGAGAGAGUUUCAAUACUCGAAUCUGGAGCAACAACGACUGCGCCUAGUUUGCCCGAAGAUGAACGCACUCCCUUGGAUGAGAUAAAAGAAGAUAUCGACGAGAAGCACGUUUUGGAGGACGUGAAGGAAAAAGAAAAGCCAGUUCCUGAGCCAGAAAAAAUUGAUCAAGAUUUGCCGGUAGCCGCUCCGAAGCCCGAAGUGAAAGAAUUGAAUGUUAAGUCCGCUGUUGCACAAGGUGUUGCCAGAGAUAUUGUCAAAACGCCCGAUGAAGUUGCCGAUUUACCGGUGCACGAGGAAGUGGAUCCAAAACUAUAUUCCUUGCAAAAUAUUGAAAAAGAUAAAGAGGUCGAUCAAUCAGACAAACAGAAAGAUGUUCCCAUCAGUCCUACCGUAAAAGAUCACAAAGAGAAAGGAUUUUUCGGUAAGAUGGCAGACAAGUUUGAGAAAGGUUUCGAUAAAUUAACAAAAAAACGACGGGAUUCAGAAAAAGAUAUCGAAGAAAAGCCGAGUUCAAAAGCAAGUUCUCCAAAAGAGUCUAAGCCCGAAGUUCAACAGGACGUUGCUGACGAAAUGCCAAUUUUUGAAAAAAUGGGGUCAGCUAGUAUCAGAAAAUCAUCAGUACACGAAGAUACUCAAUUACAUACUGACGAAGCUAAGACAUCAGCAAUCAGUGAAAGUGCCACGUUUAUUGAUAAAGAAAUUCAAAGUGCAAAUGUGAUUAAACAAAGUGAAGAAAAUGCUUACAUUCAAUCAAUUAUUGAUGACAAUAAAGCAGAAAAAGAGGACUGUAAAAUUAUUGAAGGUGUUACUGACGUUGAAAAUAUUGAAAGUGCAGUAAAAGAGACCGAAUCAGAACCAGUAAAGUUUACUAUUCCAUCUAGCGAGGAGAACGAUGAUGACGAAGACAUUUCUGAUGGACCGGUUCGAGAUUUUAAAGAAGCUGUUCGGGACGUUGCAGGAGUUCUAGUAGGCACAGCAGGAAUUGAAAUAGAAAUGGAAAAACCAAAAGAAGUCGAAGAAAUUGUUAAAACAGUGGCUGAAGUAUUGAAAGAUGAUUUUUUGACAGAAAAAACAUUGUAUGCAACAGAGGAAGCGCGUAAAUCUUCUGUAGAUAUUGAUCUGAUUCCUAAAAAAGUAGGCAUUACCGAAGAAGUUACUUUACAAGAAGAAAUCGAAGUCUCAUCUGAAAAAGAAUCAGAAAAGAUUGUUCCAAUUAGUUACGAAAAGGCUGAAAUGGUACAAGAAGAAAUUUGCACCAAAACAAUAAAACGUGAAGAUGUACAUUUAUCAUCACCCGUUAAAGAAGAAGUUUUAGACCGCCAAGAUGUCUUAAAAAUCUGUGAUGACUUGUUACAAUAUGACAUAGUAGAUAAACCGUGCGUUAAAAGUGAAAGUGAUCAUAAACUCGAUGUUCUAGCUGCAGGUUUAGAAGAGGUUUGCGUGAAACAGGUUGCGAAACGUGAAGUACGCGAUGAAAACGUUGGAGAUCAAUUGAUUGUACAGUCUGAAAUUAGUAUACAGCAAAACCUGUCUCCAAGCGAAGCGGAAUUAGUUAUGGUUACUCCAGGUUCUACACCAACUUCACCUAAGUUAGCGACAGAGGAGCCCACUGACUUUCCUACUCACAAAGAUGAUAAAAUACCGAAAGAACUAACGAUGGAUGAAAUUACAAGUGCGAUUGAUAGUCAAAUUGUGGAAGGUACAAGUACUAUCAUUGAUAAAAUUUCUUUAGAGGGAGAUGAAAAAGUCGUCGAGUCAAAAGUUGAAUUACAAUCUGUCUCUCUAAAAUCCGAGGUUCAAUCAGAACUGUUUGAAAGUGUUGAUGUACCUACAACGGAAAAAUAUUUGGACGAAGCUAAAGAAAAAGUAAUUAGUGAAACAACCAAAGAACGAGAUGAAAAGAUAUCAGAAACUGUUCAAGAAUCUCAAGAUAAAACUGUUACACGCAUGGUAGUUACAGCUAGUAGCGAAGAUGGUGGGCACGAAAUAGAAAUUUGUGAAAGCGGUACAAUUAGUUUCACAAAAUCUCCAAGUCCAGAAGAUUCACUAAAAGAAUCACGUGAUAGGUCACCGCCAGAAAAAGAUUCAUUGCGAUCGGUAUCUAGUACGCCUGAAAGAGACAGUAUAGCAUCAGAAAAACUCGAUACAGAAGAUCAAAAAGUUACAUUUGAUGAUAGUUUGGAAAAAUUAUCUAAAUUGGAAACAGAUACUACAGAAAGUGCGGUUUCUGUUGAUCAAAAAGUUUUGGUUGAAACAUUUUCCGUUUCAACUAUUGAAAGCGGUGAGGCAGCUAAAACGCCUGAAUCAUUGCGCUCUGAAGAUGCUUCACCAGCUGAGAGUAUGUUUGCAAAAUCACCAACUGAUAAAAUUUCUCACGCGUAUGAGUUUGAAGCUACUACUGAUCAGUUACAUCAAGAAUCGAUUAAAUCCAAAUCACCAAGUGAAGAGAGAGAUCUCGAUCAAAAAAAUACAGCAUCUGUGGUUCCUGAAACAACGGAAAUAUCAUCAGAUAGAAAAUCACCUAGCGUAGAAAAAGAUUCGAGUCGAAAAGAAUCACUCUCCCAAAAAGUUGAUAUUUCCAUUCAAGAAUCAUCUCAAUUUAUGUCAAAUUUGGAAAAAGAAUCUACAAUGGAAGAAAAUUUAACAGGACAAGAAAUCCAAAGUCAAGAUAAAAAGUCCGAUACAAGGUCUAAAUCUUCAAGUGCUGAAAGAGAACUAAGCCAUAAAGACGAAUCAAAAUCUCCAAGUGCAGAGAAAGAUGAUUUAGACAGGUCCAAGUCACCAAGUGUAGAAAAAGACAAAUCAGAUCGAUCGAAAUCUCCAAGCGCAGAGAAAGAUGAUUUAGACAGGUCUAAGUCACCAAGUGUAGAAAAAGACAAAUCAGAUCGAUCGAAAUCUUCAAGCGCAGAGAAAGAUGUUGCAGACGGGACUAAAUCUCCAAGUGCAGACAAAGAUCACUUGCACAGGUCUAAAUCUCCAAGCGUAGAAAAGGACCAAUUAGAUCGAUCAAAAUCACCGAGUGCUGAGAAAGAUAAUUUAGAUGGGUCUAAAUCACCCAACGUAGAAAAAGACAAAUUAGAUCGAUCGAAAUCGCCAAGUGUAGAGAAAGACAAAUUGGAUCGAUCUAAAUCUCCAAGUGCAGAAAAAGAUGAUGUAGACAGGUCUAAAUCACCCAGUGUAGAUAAAGACAAAAUAGAUCGAUCUAAAUCUCCAAGUGCAGAGAAAGAUGAUAUAGACAGGUCUAAAUCGCCCAGUGUAGAUAAAGACAAAUCAGAUCGAUCUAAAUCUCCAAGUGCUGAAAAAGAUCUUAGUUCAAAGGAAACUUCUCCGCAGAAAUUGAUUACUGCAGAUGAUAUUAAUAUUUCAUCUGUGACAGAAUCGAAAGAUAAGAAAGUUGAUCGAUCAAAAUCGCCUAGCAUUGAAAAAGAAUCUGCUUCAAGAACAUCAAUUUCUUCAGUUCUUGCAGAAUCAUCUAAUAUUUUGGUCGGCGAACAUUCUCAAUUUCCUCAAACUUCGGAUCUUGAAAAGCAAUUGGCACAUGAAUCAUUUGCGGAACAAUUCAGUUCUUCUAUUAAUGAAAAAGGCACAAGUUUGGAUAAAUCUCGCUCUCCGAGUGCUGAAAAAGAGUCAACACAAAAAGAAACGACACCUGAACCACUUCAGUCAAAAUCGCCAAGUGCAGAAAAAGAAAUAAGUCGGAAAGAGUCUGCGUCAGGUAAAUCACAGUUGCCGAGCGUAGAAAUAGAAGUUGAUCAGAAAGAACCUUCACCAGAAAAAACGAUUUCUAUGCACACUGAAAAAGAAUCAGUAAAAGAAAAAUUAGCUCAAGACGCAAUAUCGACAGAAGUAAGUUCAUUUGAUACUUUCACAUCGGUUAGUCAUGAAUCGAGUACUUUAGUAAAAGAUACUGGGGCUGCAGAAAUAGCACCGACAGAAUCUUCACAAGAAUCAAAUGUUCUGGAAGAGUCUUUGUCUUCUGUAAAAGCAAUCAGCUCCGAUAUUUUUGCACAAUCAUUUGGUGAUAAUAGUCAAUUAAAUGUAGAUGACCAAGUCAGUUUAGUCAAAGAGUCCAAAGUUUUAAGGGAUGAAUUUACUGCUCUAGGGAGUUCACUACUCGGAAAGAUCGAGACCGUAAUAAAAAAAGAGGAAGUAUUAGUUGAUAAGGUUGCUACUGAUAUUAUUUCAGGAGGUGAAUCAUUGAUUGACUCAUUCUCUUCGAGUUUCAAAGAAGUUAUGGACCCAAUUACCUCUCAUAUUUCAACGUCCGAGCAAACUAUUGCAAAAAUAGAUGGUAAAUCAGAACUACCAGAUAGUUCAAAAGGUAUAUCUGACAUAGAUUCGUUGAUAAAAGGUAUUGAAUCACAUGUAACAAGUACAAUCAAAAGUGAAGUGGAAUCAGUAUCGAAUUUUAUGAGUGCUAAGUUAGAAGACAGCUCAAACAAACUUUUAGCGACUGCAUCGGGUAUUUUAGCCGAUACCGAAUCACAAUUAUUAGAAACAAUCAAAGCUGUGGAAAAAGAGGAGUCCGAAAUCAUUAAGUUGGAAGAACAAUUAAUUUCGGAAAAACCCUCAUCUAAACAAGAAUCAAAGUCACCAAGUAUAGAAAAAGAAAUCAAAGCCCAUGAAGCGGUGACUGAGAUAUUACAAGUUGCAAUAGCAGAUGACGUAAAGUCACCAAGUACCGAGAAAGAAUCGAUUUCGAAAGAAACUUCUCCUGAAAAAUCGAUUGAAAAGGAGUCAUCUCCAAUAAAAUCGGUUUCAAAAGAGGCUACUCCAGAAAAGUCGAUCGAAAAAGAAGCAUCUCCUGCAAAAUUAAUUUCAAAAGAGGCUUCACCGGAAAAAUCGAUAGAAAAAGAGGCAUCUCCCUCAAAAUCGGUUUCAAAAGAGGCUUCACCAGCAAAAUCGAUUUCAAAAGAGGCUACUCCAGAAAAAUCGAUUGAAAAGGAGGCAUCUCCCACAAAAUCAAUUUCAAAAGAGGCUUCACCGGAAAAAUCGAUUGGGAAAGAAGCUUCCCCUGAAAAAACUAUUUCAAAAGAGCCUUCGCCCGAAAAAUCGAUUGAACGAGAAGCUUCUCCAGCGAAAACGAUUUCAAAAGAGACUUCUCCAGAAAAAUUGAUUGAAAAGGAAGCAUCUCCGGAAAAAUCGAUUUCAAAGGAGGCUACUCCAGAAAAAUCGAUUGAAAAAGAGGCAUCUCCCUCAAAAUCGGUUUCAAAAGAGGCGUCACCAGAAAAAUCGAUAGAGAAGGAAGCUUCACCCGAAAAAUCGAUUUCAAAAGAGGCUACUCCAGAAAAAUCGAUUGAGAGAGAAGCUUCUCCAGCGAAAACGAUUUCAAAAGAGGCUUCACCGGAAAAAUCGAUUGGCAAAGAGGCUUCCCCUGAAAAAACUAUUUCAAAAGAGCCUUCGCCCGACAAAUCGAUUGAAAGAGAAGCUUCUCCAGCGAUAACGAUUUCAAAAGAUGCUUCUCCAGAAAAAUUAAUUGAAAAGGAAGCAUCUCCUGCAAAAUCGAUUUCAAAAGAGCCUACACCGGAAAAAUCGAUUGAAAAAGAAGCAUCUCCCACAAGAUCAGUUUCAAAAGAGGCUUCACCAGAAAAAUCGAUUUCAAAAGAAGGUUCUCCAGACAAAUUGAUUGGCAAAGAAGCGUCAUCUGCAAAAUCGAUCGAAAAAGAGUCCUCUCCCGCUAAAUCGAUUUCUUCAAUCGAUGAAAAUCUUUUGGUUUCGCUAGCACAGAGUGAAGAUAAAUCGGAUCGAUCGAAGUCCCCUAGUGUGGAAAAAGAAUCGGGUCAACAAGAAGGUACAUCAUCGAAAUCUAAAUCACCAAGUAUAGAACGUGAAGUUUCACUCGAUAAAAGAACAUCUUCCAUUAGUAUGGAGUCUCAGGUAACAGAAAUUGCGAAUUUCCAAACGCAAGAGAAAUCAAAAUCACCUAGUGUCGAAAAAGAAAUAACGAAAACUGAGUCAUCUUUGCUGACUAGCAUCCAACACGAACACGACGAUGCAUCAAAAUCGAAAUCUCCGAGUCCACAAAAAGAAUUAAGUACCAAAGAAUCAUCUCCUGCUAAAUCAGAUACAUCUGAUGUUCACCGAUCGAAAUCUCCUAGCGUCGAAAAAGAUUCCACGAAACAUUCCGAAAAAGAGCCAUCACCAGCCAAGUCCACUUCGACCGUCAUGGAUCAAGAACAAUCGGUACUAAGUCAACAUGAAUCGUCACCCGCCAAAUCUCUCGAUGAUAGACAAGCUCACGAACGCAAACAAUCCAUAUCUGAGGCAGAAAGAGUCAGAAGGGAAAGUCACAGUGAAGAUGCACCGGCAAAAUCUCUAGAUGAUAGACAGGCCCACGAACGUAAACAAUCCAUUUCUGAAGCAGAAAGAGUCAGAAGGGAAAGUCACAGUGAAGAUGCAUCGGCAAAAUCUCUGGAUGAUAGGCAGGCCCACGAACGUAAACAAUCCAUUUCUGAAGCAGAAAGAGUCAGAAGGGAAAGUCACAGUGAAGAUGCACCUGCGAAAUCUCUGGAUGAUAGGCAGGCCCACGAACGUAAACAAUCCAUAUCCGAAGCAGAAAGAGUCAGAAGGGAAAGUCACGAUGAUUCGUCUGCAGCAAAAUCUAUUGACGAUCGUCAGGCUUAUGAACGCAAAGUGUCCAUAUCUGAAGCCGAAAGAGUCAGAAGGGAAAGUCACAGUGAAGAUGCGCCUGCAAAAUCUCUGGAUGAUAGACAAGCUCACGAACGUAAACAGUCCAUUUCUGAAGCAGAAAGAGUCAGAAGGGAAAGUCACAGUGAAGAUGCACCUGCAAAAUCUCUGGAUGAUAGGCAGGCCCACGAACGUAAACAAUCUAUAUCUGAGGCAGAAAGAAUGAGAAGAGAGAGUCACAGUGAAGAUGCUUCAGCCAAAAAUAUUGACGAUCAGCAAGCCUACGAGCGUAAAUUCUCUAUUUCUGAAGCCGAAAGAAUCAGAAGGGAAAGUCACAGUGAAGAUGCUCCAGCCAAAAAUAUUGAAGAUCAGCAGGCCUACGAGCGUAAAUUCUCCAUUUCUGAAGCCGAAAGAGUCAGAAGGGAAAGUCACAGUGAGGAUGCACCUGCAAAAAAUGUCGAUGAUAGACAAGCCUACGAACGCAAAGUAUCCAUUUCUGAAGCGGAAAGAGUGAGACGAGAGAGUCACAGCGAGGACGCGCCGGCAAAAAAUCUCGACGACAGACAAGCCUACGAACGCAAAGUAUCGAUUUCCAGCAGCGUAGAGAGUCAAUACGGCGACAGACAAACCGACCGCUCGAGAUCUCAGAGUUUAUACGAAACCGGCGAGAAAUCGCCCUUCGUCCUGUCUCGAACGGCCAGCUCGAUCGAGGAGAGACACGCCGAUGAGUUCGGCGCCGUGGGUUACUCCUUCGACGAGAGCCAGAAAGAAAGCGACGAGAACGAGGAGAUCAUAGCCAGUUACAUCUUCGACGAGUAUAUAUCGAAAAACAAGAAGAUCAGUCUGAAGGAGCUGGAGGAGCUCGCCCGAGCUCAGUCGAUUCCGCGCCAGUACAUCAUACUGAUCAUCGAGAACGUGAUAACGCGCCGUAAACUGUCGCGUCAGUCGAUCCUGGCCGACGACUUUCCGUCGAGUCAGGGAGCUCAGCUACCUCCCCUGAUGGCCGACAUCUGGUUCGACUCGAGCGAUGAUAAUCAUCAUCAGCAGCAGCAGCAACAUCAAGAGUCGAGUCGAAAAGCGUCCUCGUCGGCCACCGACAAGGAGCUCAAGGCCUUCAUCGAGUCCGAGACGAUGGGCUCGAGUCCCGAGCCGGAUCAGUACAAAUUCUCGAGCGCCGAUCGUCCGGAGCCGCACAUCGACGAGGAGAUCGUCAUAUCCGAGGAGAAGCGCACGGACGUGGAGUCACUCAUCUUCGAGGAGUACAUCAGACACAGCCGGAAAUUGACUGAUCUGAUCUUGGAGGAGAUCGUCCGUAGGACCUCGGUACCCAGAUACAUCAUUCUCGAGAUAAUCGAGGAGAUCGUCGUCAAGAAGAGCCUCAACAGAGAGGCGAUAGCCGACAGUGGCAUCUUCCAGGACGUCGACGACGACGACAACUCGCAACAGCAGCAACAAACCAAACAGCAGAAAUCGGGCCAAUCGUCGCCGGACUUGCUCGAAGAGCAAUACGAGGACAGCGUAGACAAGAGCAUCCCCUACACGGAUUACGAGAGUCCCUUCCACAAGGCCUUCGUCGGCGGCAUGACGGAGAUACGCACGACGCACAUAACCACGACCCUGUCGGGUGGAAAGUCGACGACGCCACCGGAUUCGGACGAAAAGAGCAGCAGCGCCACGGGGACGAGAAGAAAAUCCUCCGCAAUUUCGGAAAAAUUACUGGCUGAUGUUAGCGAAGAAGCGACCUCUCAACAACAACAGCAACAACAAAUUGGCUCGACCUUCGGCGCGACCAGUCUCGAGGACAUCACGAUCGUGACCACGACCACCGUGAAGACCAUCAUCAGCGAGAGCACGGCUCAACCGAUAACAGCCCCGUCGUCGGGUGGUGCUGGCGCCGAUCAGCAGCUGAUCUCUCUGGAGAGUCAUUCGACCGCGGCUGGUCUACCUAGCUCCUCGUUCACCAGCAGCAGCAGUACCUUCUGCCAGGAGACUCGAACCAUCCUGGAAUCGGUGAUGGAUCACGGCCUCGCGGAGCAGCCGCUGAUACGCGACCUGAUCAACGACGACAAGAGCACCUACUCGGGCAAGUCGUCGCCCGACGUCUCCCUGCCCAAGGACAUAGUCUACGGCAGCGGCGGUGGCUCGACCGGCAAGUCCACCCCCGACAUCACCAUGUCGCCCCUGAUUCAGGCGCACUUCUCGGGCCGAUCGACGCCCGCCUCAGCGGCCAGCACCACCGGCGGCGGCGGCGACAAACAACACCCCCUGUCGAGAACGGCCACCCCCGAGGGUUUCCGCAGCGGCGAGGUGAUCAGGACCAUCGUGACGACGACGCGCACCAUGAGCGACGACGGCGACAUCAUCACCACGACGCAGGAGGUCACGGAGGCCACCAACGAGCGCGGCGAGACCGUCGUGCUGGCCCAGAAGACCGACGUCAAGGUCGACGAGAGAGCUGGAUCGGCUGCAGGUGCUGGACCCGUGGCCGAGAUCAAAUCCCUCGAGUCGUCUCAUCACGCCAGGACGCCGAGCGAGGGCUCGGAUCUGUUCGACAGAGAGGUGGCUGGUGGUGGUGCACUGCCACCGGUGAGCCCGAGAAGCGACCUGAGCACGGCUGGCAAUAGCCGAGCCGUGACCCACGUCUGGGGCAGCAGCGAGGAGAGACACACCUUCUCCGACGACGAUCCAACGGGCAGUCCGAUGUUCUCGUCGUCGCCUCUUCGCACCGCCACUACCGUCACCGCUGACUCGGGACUCAAGAAGCAGCUGGACGAUUUCACGACUUCCGGCCUGAUGAGCAGCAGCUUCUACGGCGAGCUGCCCGACGAGACCACCACCACUACUGUUUCCACGGAAUUCAUGGUGGAAAAGGAGCCCAUGAUAAGCGGCGGCAGCUCCAGCUUCAAGAGAUACAUCGACGAGGCGGAUCUCGACUUCGAGAAGGCCUUGAGCGACGUCUCGACGAAGGACGAAGCUCCAGCAGCUCAGAGCAGCAGCAAGGACGACGAGAGCAAGGACAAGAAGCGAGAUCCGCUGGCCGACUGGGGCAGUCCGCUGGGUCUGCCGUCGCCUCGGCCGCCGCGCAAAUUCAAUCUCAAGUCGAGCCCGGUGCAGCCGUGCAGCUCGGCCGAUCUCAGCCCGGACAGUCUGAAUUUCGACGUGAUCAACGACUGGGGCGAGCCGAUGCGACUGCCACCGACCCCGGCGCCGGCUCAGGCCACGGCCGGUGCAGGUAGCGAGGCAUCGUCCAACAAACCGUCGCCCGCCACCCCGAAAAAGGAGCCGCCCCGACAGCCCAAACGAGUGCUGGCCGAGAAUAUAAAGAACAAGAGGUCCGAGAGCCCGGGCAAGUACGACAAGCGCAGCAAGGACUCGCGCAACAAGAUACAGCCGGUCUACGUGGAUCUGACCUACGUGUCGCAUCACGGCAACUCGUUCUACACGGCGCUGGACUUUUUCAAGAAGGUGCGCGCCAGGUAUUACGUGUUCAGCGGCACCGAGCCGAGUCGCGAGGUCUACGACGCCCUGCUCGAGGCCAAGAAGACCUGGGAGGACAAGGAUUUGGAGGUGACGAUGAUCCCGACCUACGACACGGACACGCUCGGCUACUGGGUGGCCGACAACGAGGAGGCCCUCGCGGCCCACCACAUCGACCUGUCGCCCUCCGCCUCCAGAUGCACCAUCAAUCUGCAGGAUCACGAGACGAGCUGCAGCGCCUACCGUCUGGAGUUCUAGGCGGCACAGCAGUGCGGCGGCGGUGGCUGCGGCGGCGGUGGCGGCGGCGCCGGCGGCUACUCGGCUACCAUGAUACAGUUCCGAAGUUAGAAAAUCGAGAGGCAGCUGCAGCAGCAACAAUGAGAGAGAGAGAGAGAAAAAAACCCGCGGCGCUAACACGUAUACAUAAUUAUCAUUACGAUUAUAUUACAUUAUAUGACUCCAUGUACCAAGGCCUAAAGCUGUACACGAUGCGUAUGCGAGCGUGAAAAAUUUUUUCAAAUUAAAUACACGGGCUUUCGAAAAUUAAUCGUCACACACGAUCCACGCGCGAACAGGAAAUAUCGCAUAAUUAUAUUUAUAACGAAGCUCUCAAGCACUUUCCAAAAUUCCCGUCCUUGAUAAGAGAACAAACAAACAAAAAAAAACAAGAAUUUUUUGCUCAAAGUGUUACGCACUUCGCGGUGCACGUAUUUAUAAUACACAAGCAUUACACACAUACUCUCUUAAAUGAACCACUGACGAACUGAUUUAGAGAACCGUCUGCGUGCGCGAUAUAUACAUAUACGCGCACGUUUAAAUUCACGAUGAGUCGAUAAUCAAGCCGCCCUUGAACUUUUUAUUUGCGUCUAUUUGUAGCACUCGGAAUGGCGAACGUUUGAGUCCUCUUUUUUGGAGCUUUUAUAUAUAUACACAGACAUUAAGUAAACGUAUAUUCCGUAAGCGACUGAAAAAUUAAUCCAAAGCGUGGAGAGCGAGAGGAAGAAUGGGGGAGGAUGAAUCCAAGAUUAUACAUUCACAAACACGAUUAUAGCCGAGAGACAAUGAUUAUAGUUAAUAUAGGACAACGAGUCGAUUUGAGUUCGCGGAUACCUGUCGCGAUAUGUAAUAACAUCGAUCCGCGCGACUAAUUAGCACAAAGUAUAUUAGAGGCAGAAAAUAAAAAAAAAACAAUUUAAAUAAUUAAAAAUGCGUCUUCCUUCGAGACGACGAGACGGGGGAGUAAUAUCAUCUUGUCAGUAACUUAUACAUUAAUAAUAAUGAUACGCAAUAACGUGUGUACGAAUCUUCGAAACGAGUCCUCGAUAUAUCCCUCGGGGAUCAUACAUGCCACGAAAGAGCGAGCCGAAGCAUGCUUCGACUCGAACUGUAACUGAACUUAAAUAAUAUAAAAUAUCGUCCGAAAUUCGAUUAUAGAUUUUUGCCGCUUUCGAGUUGUAUCGAUUCAAUAAUUUUCAAACGACAAGUCAUCUCAAUAGCAAUUUCGACGUUUGUAAAAAAAAAACGAGAAAACUCACAAUUGUUGAUAUAAAAAGUAAGCUUUACAAAUAUAUGUGUAAUUUUUAAGUCUAAGAAAAGGGACGAUUUACCGGGGAGCGAAUAAAUUAUGCAUGAAUUCGCCAGUGUUACUUUGAGAGCGAGAAAAAAAAUUUUUCAAUAAAGUAUUUACAGCAUUAUUAUUAUAUUCCACUUCACGAUUAACGAGCAUUUGCAAAAGUCCUUUAAACUGAAACGAAAAAUGAAAAUAUUAUAUAUAAUAAUAUAGCUUUUUGAACAACCUUUUUAAAUUGCUUCGAUACUGUAGCCGAGUAUGUAAAGAGACUUUAAACAUCUCCAAAUAAUAAAAAAAAA